CGGGAAUCCCCACACCCGGCCGUCCGGCUCCUCACCCUUCCGUUACGUCUUAUUUAAUAGUAACGAUAUAACACAGCACUCGGCUUUUAAUGCUUUAGCCUUUAGUAAUCCUAGAAUCACCUAUAGUUAUAUAUCUAACACAAUCGCUGGCCUUUUCGCCCAUUAUCUGGAUUAUCUGCAGCAUUCAACUAAAAUAUUAGGUGGCUUAUAGAAUUAGAGAUCUCACUCCUUAGGUCACCAUGGCUGCUCCGGGGAAUAAGUUCUUUAUCCAAGAGAAACUCAAGCAAACCGCACCACACCAUGAGAGCUUCCAGGCCUUAUGGGAGACGAAGUGGAAGCAGCCGUGUAAGAUGGGCGUAUACCCAUUCAUGUUUGGGACUACACAAGACUUCCAACCCGUGGUCGAUGACAUUAUCGCGAAAGGGCUAAAGAGACCUUACGAUUGGGACGAAUACGCGCAGUGCUUCUUUCCAAAAGCAGAGGAGCUCGUGGCCCGCGCAGACGCCGCUAAUAAUGAAGGGGAAUGGGCCAAGGCUUCGGAAUUGUACUUGCGAGGUUCAGCACUCUACCGCAUCGCCCGGUUUCCGGCACCCCGUUCCGAGAAACAGCAAUACGCCUGGAAAAAAGGCAAGGAGGCCGCUCUUAAGGGGCUAGAGCUAUCGCGGCAUCCCAUGGUAGAAAUAGAGAUCCCACACGUUCACGCAGCGAACGGUGACGGGCCCAUCCUUUAUGCUUACUACCAUCGCCCGACGGGUUUGUCCAAGUCGCCAACUUGUCCCCUAAUCAUCAUAUUCACGGGUCUGGACGGCUACCGGACAGAACUGGCCGUGUGGAAGGACGGUUGGGCGGAAGUAGGCUGUGCUACACUCGUUGUCGAGAUCCCCGGCACCGGUGAUAACCCCGGCGCGCCAUCUGAUCCCUCUAGCCCCGACCGAGUCUGGAGCAGCUUGUUCGACUGGGUCGCGCAGCAGGACGACAUUGACCAGAGCCGCAUCGUCAACUGGGGCUUCAGUACGGGAGGGUACUACUCGAUACGUGUGGCGCAUACCCAUGCCGAUAAGUUGAAGGGAGUGGUGGCUCUUGGGGGUGGUGCCCAUCAUAUGUUUGAUCCGGAGUGGCUGGAUGCGGUUGACGACUUGGAGUAUCCUUUCGACCUCGCCCAUACGCUCAGUUACAAGUUCGGAUACGCAGAUCAAGAGUUUGAAAAAUUCAAGAAAGAGGCGCGAGACAAAUUCUCUCUGCUAACUACCGGCAUACUGGAUAAGCCGUGCACACGUCUGCUUCUGGUAAACGGAACCGAAGACGAGAUCUUCCCAAUUGACGACUAUUAUCUAUGUCUACAACAUGGCGGCCCGAAAGAAGCUCGGUUUGUCCCGGGAGUCAAACACAUGGGCGAACCACAAUCCUUCUCUAUUAUUCUGCAAUGGAUCUUUAAGCUGCUCGAUAUCCAAGGAGAUGUGGGGAAAUUCCUGUCUACUAUCCCAUUUAAGCCGAAAUAUUAGAUAGCUAUAGCUUGGUAUUCCUAGAAUAUAAGGUAAUCAGCAUUGUAUAUAGCACGAGCAAGAUCUGUAUGGAAAUAGAACAUAUUUGUGAUCUUAACCUGGCGUUGCUUGUAUAUCCCGACUACCAGAGACAAACCACAAAACUAUAGGAAUAGAAUGAAAAAUGAAAUUGGUACCU